AUGCCGGAGGAAACGACGUCGAUUGAUUACGCCAUGGAGGCGGCAUCCGGGGCCCACUUCUCCGGCCUUCGUCUCGACGGCGGCCGACCAUCAUCUUCUUCACCAGCCUCUUCUCUCGCUCCCAAUUCAACCCUAGCCACGGAUUCUCUUCUCAAUCAACCCUUCGUUAUCGGUGUUUCCGGUGGAACUGCUUCUGGAAAGACCACCGUUUGUGAUAUGAUUAUUCAACAGCUUCACGAUCAUCGCGUAGUUCUUGUUAAUCAGGAUUCGUUUUAUCGUGGGUUGAAACCGGACGAGUUGGAACGCGUUCACGAGUACAAUUUUGAUCACCCUGAUGCUUUUGACACAGAGCAACUGUUAGAGUGUAUGAAGCAGCUCAUCAGUGGCCAAAGAGUUAAAAUUCCCAUUUACGACUUCAAGAAGCACCAACGCUGUUCUGAUAGUUUUCGUCAGGUCAAUGCAUCUGAUGUCAUUAUAUUGGAGGGAAUUCUUGUAUUCCAUGAUCAAGGUGUCCGUGAUCUGAUGAACAUGAAGAUCUUUGUUGACACAGAUGCUGAUGUGAGGCUUGCUCGUAGAAUUAGACGUGACACAGUAGAAAGGGGCAGAGACAUAAACUCCGUUCUUGAAAUGUAUGCAAAGUUUGUUAAGCCUGCUUUUGAUGACUUCGUUCUCCCAUCAAAGAAAUAUGCUGAUGUGAUCAUUCCUCGUGGAGGUGAUAAUCAUGUUGCCAUUGAUUUGAUUGUGCAACACCUCCGUACAAAGCUUGGUCAACAUGAUCUAUGCAAAAUAUAUCCAAACGUGUAUGUUAUUCAAUCUACAUUCCAGAUAAGGGGGAUGCAUACAUUGAUUCGUGACACAGAAAUAUCAAAGCAUGAUUUUGUAUUUUAUUCUGACCGACUUAUACGCCUGGUUGUUGAGCAUGGUCUAGGUCAUCUUCCUUUUACCGAAAAGCAAGUUGUUACUCCAACAGGAUCUGUCUAUACUGGUGUUGAUUUCUGCAAGAAAUUAUGUGGUGUUUCAAUUAUUCGAAGUGGUGAAAGCAUGGAAAAUGCACUUCGUGCAUGUUGUAAAGGCAUUAAAAUUGGAAAAAUUCUGAUUCACCGGGAUGGAGACAAUGGAAAACAGCUUAUCUAUGAGAAGCUUCCCAAGGAUAUCUCAGAACGGCAUGUCUUGCUUCUUGAUCCUGUCCUUGCUACAGGUAACUCAGCCAACCAAGCAAUUGAAUUACUCAUUCAAAAAGGAGUGCCAGAAUCCCACAUUAUAUUCCUGAAUCUCAUUUCUGCUCCUGAGGGAAUCCACUGUGUAUGCAAAAGGUUCCCAUCAUUGAAAAUUGUCACAUCUGAGAUUGAUGUUGCAUUAAAUGAAGAGUUUCGUGUUAUUCCAGGAUUGGGUGAAUUUGGUGAUCGCUACUUUGGCACAGAUGAUUGA